CAGCGUCGCUUUUUCAUCCUGUAUGAAGACGGCAGGCUACAGUUUUCUCUGGACGAAUCGCCGGGUACUGUACCGCAGGGCAUGCUGGAUCUGAGUCUGUGCUCUGAGUUGAUGGACGCUGAGGGCAGGACGGGGCAGAAGAACGCCCUGUUCAUCAUCACCCUGGAGCAGGAGAUCUUCAUCAGAGGAGACAGUAAAGAGAUCAUUAACGGUUGGAGUGAGCAGCUGAUAGUUUUCCAGAAGAAACAGAACGACAGGAAGAAGAGUGAAGUGUCUUCUGUUCAGUUCCAGGAGAAAGUUCAGAGAGAGGAAGCUGAGUGUAAUUCUGGAGCUUCAGAUAUGGAAGCUGUAGUAUACAGAGAUUCCUGCAGAGCAGAGCAUGCUGUAGAUUUGAGCACAGCCCGUGAUGAUGAUGAUGAUAAUAAUGAUGAUGAUGAAGAAGAUGAAGAUGCUGAAGAUGAAGAUUCCCUGGUUUUAGAAACAGUGAAGAACCACAGAUUUUGCCAGCAGUCCUGUAGUGUGGACUCUGAGCAGGACUCUGCCCCCCCAAGUCCUGAACCGUGCGGAACAGACCCGGACCCGUUCUGUUUGGACUCCAGCCUGCCUUGCUCCGCCUCCAGCCUCAGCGGCUCCAGCAGCUCAGACGACUGGGAGCUGGACGAGGGUCCGGAGAUCACUGCUGAUCUCCAGCAGGAUUCCUGCUCCACCAACAGCAGUAUGAUAGAUGGUGAUGGUGUGUUGGUGAGUAAGGUGUGUCAGUGCUGUAGGAGGCGGGGCAGAAGCAGAAGUCAGACUUGCACCAUCACAAAUUACAAGGUACAGUUAAUCACCAUCAAUGACUCACACACAGAUCAGCACAAGACAUACAAACACUGCAAAACAAACGAGAAACAAUUAAAUGUAGACCUUCAGGUUAAAUUAAAGGGCUUUAAUAAAAAAUAUCCUAUGAAGCGUUCAGGCCUUACAACCAUUUUUCUACAAAACGUCCUCAUUUCAGCAGCUCAAUGGUAAAUGGACAAAUGACCUAAAAUGUUAUUUUAUGGGCUGUAAGAGCUAUUCCAUCUUAAAUCCAUCAUCAGUUAAGCCGGUAAAAGGUCUGCAGUUGAUUCCAGGUGUGAAAUUUGCAUUUGAAAGCUGUUGCUGUGAUCCAACAUCAUAACAUGUGGUUAAAGGAGCUCUCAAUGGAAGAGGAACAGAUCAUCAUUAGCCUGAAAUAAAAAGAAAAACUCAAUCAAAGAGAUAGUGGAGAUGACAGUAGAGGCCAAAUCAACAGUUAGGUACAUACUGGUAAAAAAGGAAAAAACUAGGGUGAACAUUCUCCAAAAAGGAGGUAUCUCAGUAUAUCAGUCUAAUAGAAAGAGAUAACUCCAUGAGAGUGAAUACCGAGGGUUCAACACAGGGUGAAAACCAUUAGUAAGAAGACCAGAUUAGAAUUAACCAAAAAAAAACAUCUAAAUAACCCAGCUCAUUUCUAAAACAGCAUGUUUUGGACAGAUUAAACUAAGAUCAGCCUGUACCAGAAUGAUGGGAAGAAAAAAGUAUGGUGAAGGUUUAGAACGGCUCAACACAAUAUAUACUCACCACUUCUUAUGUAAAACAUGGUGGUGGUAGUAGCUAUAAUGGUAUGGGCGUGCAUGGCUCCCGGUGGCACUGGGUCACUAGUGUUUAUUGAAGAUGUGAGAAAAGACAGAAGUAGAAGGAUGAAUCUUAUGGGGUACUUUUUAAAACUAUUUUAAACUGGUACUUUUAUUGACAUUCAGUUGUAGAUUAACAUGAGGUUUGGUCUAUGGAUGAAAAGAUCAAUCGGCUAUGUAUUGGUAUUGGAUUUUUUUCAGCCAAAAUACAGGAUUGGCUGAUAUUUCUCAUAAUAUAUCUGAUCCAAUCGGGAGUUCUGUAGCCUGAAUGCUAAUGCUAAUGCUAGGCUGCGGAUGCUAAAUAUAUAAACAGCAGCUGUUUAAAUAUCUGAAGUUAUCUGACUCACUGUGUAAGUGAUGUUGAGUAAGUUUGCUGCUGUUUUGCUGCUUGAUCAGACGAGCUCAGGUGAGCACAGGUGAGCACAGGUGAGCACAGGUGAGUACAGGUGAGUGAUGACGUCUCAGAGACGCUCUAUAAAAGUCUUAGGAAUUUUUCCAUCAGAUCAUCACUCAGAUCACCCCCUCUCAGCCUGGAUACUCUGAGUCACAGUGUUUCCACUGCUCAGACCCUCUCACAGCUGCUGGGGGCGGGUUUACCUGAAUCCAGGUGUUCUCCUGCUGUCAGAUCUUCAUCAGUGACGUGAUCAGAGAGCCGAGAGCAGAGCACUGAGCGAGAGAAGGAACUGCAGGAAAGAUCUGAGUAAUUCUGCAGAAUCAGACCCUCAAUUACACCUGCAUGUGUUACUGAACCAGUCAUCUGCCCUCAGGGU